AUGGAGGAAGGGGAGAAGAAGAUCAGGCAGGAGGACUGCAGUGAGGAUGCCCUGCUUGCCGGAAUUCUGACCCUGACAAACAGGCGGCUUGCCUUUGACAAGACCAAGGGAAGGAUAAUGGACUUUACAAAAAAGUUCGGGGACACGGUCAUCGACGUUCCCCUAGGUGACGUAGAGAAGGUCUGGAAGGAGGGAUGGCUGAUGAAGAAGGUCUGCUUUACGGCAAGGGUCGACGACGGCACAAAGACCUACAAGUUUGGCGUCUUCAGCAACGGGAGCUGGCUUGAGUCCAUACAGCAGGCAAUCGGCGACCUCGACAAGUAGGCCCGCAGGCCGCAUACAGGCACUGCCCUAGUAGGCGAUGUCCACGGUGUCUAGGCGCCACGACUGCCGGACAAAGGUCUCCUCCAGCGGUGCGCCGCCCUUUACGCCGGCCUCAAGCAGCCCGGUCCAGGCGAUCUGCGAGCCGCAGUCGCCGGAGUACUGAAG